AUGGACAUGCCGUCCAGUUAUCCCGAUGGCUGUCCACAGCCUCAGAAAGUAACAGCCAAAAUGUUCUUUCUCACAAUAUGUGUUUCAUCCGCUGCAUGGAUAGCCGAUUUUGAUAAUGGGUAUGCGGGUACUGUGUUGAUCAUGCCCUCGUAUCAAAAGGCAUUUGGUCACUGUAGCCAUGUGCCCGAUCCAGCGACUGGCGCCACAAUAGAAUCAUGUGUUUUGACCACACUCCAGCAGUCGCUUGUUGGUCUUGGUAUAUUAUUCAUGGCGGUUGGAGGCGCCUUGGCUGGGCUAUUUGGCGCCAUGCUCGGCCGCAGAGCAACCCUACAGAUCGCUUGUCUAUUCUGUAUUAUUGAAGCUGCUGGGAUGUUGGGUAGAUCUGGCAACUUUUUAAACUAUAUGAUUUGCAAACGCAUCAAUGGAGUUGGAAUAGGACAGCUUAUCGCCUCGAGUAUCGUUUACGGAUCUGAAUGUGUUAUCGCGAGCAAACGCGGUCUCUUACUCGGAAUUUUCAAUAUUGGACUCGCUAUGGGCAAUGUUACAGCUGGAGCUGUAUGUGCGGGUUCAGCCACUCUUUCGCCGGACAGUGAUUGGCAAUGGAAAACGCCUAUCAUCUGCCAGAUUCCGUUAGGCGUUAUUCUCGGUCUUGGAGUGAUGCUAUUUCCAGAGUCACCCCACCCGCAAUCCCUUGAAAUUACGGCACAGGUGAAUGACAUAAAGCGACAUCUGGACUUCGAGCGAACACUUGACGCUUCACUCAUCCUCGGCGGCCUCGCUAUUACGGGUAUCCAAUUUGUGGCGCCUUUCGCAGCACUCUUCCUCGAAGACGUUGGGAUCGAGAAUCCAACAUCUCAAACUGUUGUUGUUGUGUUUCUCUGUAUCUGGGCCUUUGUAUUUGGCGGUUUUAUUGGUCCUCGUGUUUGGAUUUCGUCUGCUGAAAUGCACAGUGUUCGAAUGCGAACAUAUGGACAGGCUAAUACCACAUUCAUAUAUGAGGUUUUUAGCUUUGGGGCAACGUUCUGGACACCUUACAUGUUGAAUGUUCAUUAUGGGAAUAUGGGGUCCAAUGUUGGGUACUUUUACUUCGGAGUUACGGUUGUUAUCUUGAUUCUGGUGUUCUUGUUUGUCCCGGAGACUUCAAGACUCACGCUGGAGCAGAUUGAUGAUUACUUCUUAACUGGGAAGAAGGCAUGGAGUACUUCCGUUAAAAUAAAUCUUUUGAUCUCUCAAGGCCAGUGCCCUGACUCUCCGGAGUCUGAACAGGAAGCUUUGGUUACUGAAAGAGCUCAUCAAUCGUCUGCAACUCAACAAAUGGAGUCCUCGAUUAAUAGUACUUGGGAAAGGGAGAUUCUGCGUCAGAUUUAG